ACGCUGCCAGUCAGCAGUGUCACGAAGGGCCACCCAGACAGCCCCGAUGAGCUCGUUGCAAUUGGUAUUUCAAGCUGUCAGCCAACGCCUCUCCCUCCGUAGAAGCCAAGAUAACGAGCACGGUGAUAACCAUAACGAAAGCUGGGAUGUUUCGGAGGGGAGUGACUGUAACACAAAGUGAUUGACUCAGCCUUUCGGACGCAUUCCCAAGAAUUUGUAUAAUUUUAAACCUUCAUUGUCUAUACUCAUGUGGCGGACGGAUCGUGCUAUGUUGAAUGUUGCGAGCAAAUCGAGGUCGUUAUCAUUCAGGACCACAUGCUGAGAAAGACAAGAGGAAGAAAAAGAAAAGGAAACGCCAGUUCAGGAGGUUGUUUGGACCGGUGGACGAAGCGGAAGGCUAAUAGUAACUCGGAGUUGUGGUGCCAAGAGGGAUAUACACACACUCAACGUGACAUUGCUGACUAACAGGGCACAACCGAGGAUUAUCUGGGACCAAGUAUAGCCUUGGCAAUCUCCUGGCGUCGAGAAGAAAAUAAGUUUUGGUGCAAAGAUAACACCAGAGUACCGCGACCACCACUGCCACUUUUUUUUUCCUUUUCAAAACAAAAAGAAAAACAGAAGGCUUUGCUUCCAGUCUUAUAAGGAUGAAUCACCUAUCGCUCAGCGAGCUGUGUUGCCUGUUCUGCUGUCCGCCAUGCCCCAGCAAGAUUGCCUCCAAGCUGGCCUUCCUGCCCCCGGAGCCCACCUACAGCCUCAUGUGUGAUGAGAGUGGCAGCAGAUGGACGCUUCACCUCUCGGAGCGAGCUGACUGGCAAUACUCGGCCCGUGAGAAGGAUGCCAUAGAGUGUUUCAUGACACGCACUUCCAGAGGGAGCCGCAUUGCCUGCAUGUUUGUCCGCUGCUCGCCCAAUGCCCGCUACACUCUGCUAUUCUCACACGGCAACGCGGUGGACUUGGGCCAGAUGAGCAGCUUCUACAUUGGGUUAGGUUCACGCAUCAACUGCAACGUCUUUUCCUAUGACUACUCUGGAUACGGGGCCAGCUCUGGGAAACCCUCAGAGAAGAACCUGUAUGCAGAUGUGGAUGCUGCGUGGCAGGCCCUCCGAUCACGAUAUGGGAUCCGUCCAGAGAACGUGAUCGUGUAUGGUCAGAGCAUCGGCACGGUGCCCUCUGUCGACCUGGCCUCACGCUACGAGAGUGCUGCGGUCAUCCUCCACUCCCCGCUCACGUCUGGCAUGAGAGUGGCUUUCCCUGACACCAAGAAGACUUACUGCUUUGAUGCCUUUCCAAACAUUGACAAGAUUUCCAAGGUGACUUCCCCAGUCCUUGUUAUCCAUGGUACGGAGGAUGAGGUCAUUGACUUCUCUCACGGCCUGGCGCUGUACGAGCGCUGCCAGCGCCCUGUGGAGCCCCUCUGGGUGGAGGGGGCCGGGCACAACGAUGUGGAGCUUUACGGACAGUACCUGGAGAGACUCAAACAGUUUGUUGCACAUGAACUGGUAAACUUGUAGAGGACCAGGAAUUGAGGGCGGCGAGAGAAGAAAAUAAAACUUCAGUCUUCUGGAGAAUGAUGGACAUGGUUUACAACUUUUUUUUUUUUCUCUUCCAUUAAGCAAUGGAGAGAGAAUAAAUGUCUUUUAGAGCUGACUUCAGCACUCCAGUCUGCCCUGUGACCUCCUGUGCUAUCUGCUCUACGUUUUGCAGCCAUAAACUCAGAAAUACCCAUAAUGAUGUUUUGCUUUUAACUUUUUUUUGUUCAUGUUAAACAAGUAUGAAUGAAACGGGAAGUAGACGUGUACAUGACAACACUCCGUACAGACAUGCAAUCAUGGGUGUGGUUGAAUGUAUGUCCUGUUUUCUUUUGUUGCCUUUUGUGAAAAACAUGGUUCACAGUUCAAAAAGACCUGCAGUCGGCUCCUGAGCUCUGUAAGGCUCUCAGAAGCGGCCUUUCUAUAAACCAGUCUCUGUAAAGCAAGGUCCAUCUGACUCUAAAGUCAGACUUGGUCAUGCACACUUCAUUCAAUUAAAGAAACAAACAAAAAACAUGACAUUUGCACUUAUUAGUUGUCAUUUUAUUGCUGAAGAGCUGUUAAAGAUAUACUGGCAACAUAUUUAGCUGUGCCAGUGUUGCCAAAUGUUAAAACUAUUGCAGAGACUUGUGCACAUGAAGAAAUGUAUUAUUACAAAUAACCUUUAGAAAGAAGUAGUUUAGUUUUUAAGCUGUACACUUAGUGUUAAGUCCUAUAAGAGUAUGGUGGUCUCAGUCUGCAGCUGACCGAAAGACUGAGGCUGCAUGAAGUCCCGUGAAUAGUGGAUUAGUUUCCCAUUCCUCACGCCAUCACUCACACACUCGUCUGUGUGACCUGCUGAUCUCAGAGCAACAAUUCGUCGUCAUUGCGCUGUGAUGGAUCAAAGCAGGGCACAACUGUGGAUGAACUCUGACCAGUUCUGGAAAUAAAGUGUUGAGUUGUUGGUUUCAGUGUGGCUCUGAGAUGGAUGGGUCUCCCUCCGGGUUGCACCCCACCUCUCACCCAGUGGCAGCUGGGAUAGGCUCCUGCCCCAACAACCCCAAAUUAGACUGAGUGGGUGUGGAACCAUAAUGGAUGAGUCAUAGUGACAGUCAUCGGUCGACUUUUGACGGUGUUGUUUCUGCCUUUUAGUCUGAAUAUAUAAAGUAAAACUGUGUGUAAUAAUGAUGAGAUCUCCUUAUGUACGUGUAUCAGAUCUUUUGAGGUGUAUCUUUUUAUCUGAUAUAAAAAUCACUGUUAGAGCUCAGACUUAAACCACUAAUGCCAAUCAGGAUGAGCAGCGACCAUUACACCUGCUGGUUUAGAUGCAUUUUUCAGUUGAAGAGGAUAUAGAUAUGAUAUUUUAAGUCAUAUUUUAAUAUUUUCCUCCACUAUAUGAAUAGACACCAGAGAUGGUUAGCCACUCGCCAAAUGUGCAAUGGGACAAUGAGCUAUGUCUGUGUGACUGGCUCAGCAUUAAAGGUCUCCAUCCUGAAUGGAAAAUAAUCUGUUUGUCUUAACUUUAUCUUUCUGUCAACAUAGUUUGAAACUGGUUAAAUAUGAAUUUAGCCUUUAAUGCUGAGGGAGGCAAAGCAGUAGCCACAGUCGGUGCGCUGAAAAGCAAAUGUUCAAGUCUUACUGCAUGCUACACGCCAUGUCCACCUUUUCGUGUAGAUGUCAUAGCAAGCGUGGAUCUCAUAAGAAGUACCAAUAAUUUCCCUGUGUAUACUUCAACACCUGUCUCAAACUACUGCUCUGAGUGUCCGCUAAAGCACGAAAGAAUUGAAGACUGUCAAACAAUCGGUGCUAAUGUAGAUAUUCAGAUCUGUUUAGAAGGAAGCAAAGAAAGGCUUGCCAAUUUGUCAGAUUGACCAAGAUCCCGAUCAGAGCUGGUAAACUUUUUUUCUGUUUAGGUUCUCAUUUGUUUUAAACGGUCCUGCUUCUCAUAACUUUUAUUUUCAUGUAUUCAGCCACUAUUUUUUCCUUAAAAAAAAUCUUUCUAACAACUGAUGCCCCCACCCCCUCUUUAACUUGAUUUUACACAAGUUCAUCUAAGAUAGGCCAUCACUCAGACUCAGAGAACCUUUUGUACUGGCCACCUUGAUGAGUGUCAUACCUCAUUUGAUUAAUUUUGUAUAGCAGUACGGAAUAAAUACUUGUAUGUAAUAACAAAUUCUAACGUGGAUGCUAAAAAUAAAUGGUGUUUGAGAAACAA